AAAGUGUUGCCACCCCUUUGUACACACACACACAUACACAGAGAGAGAGAGAGACUAAAAAAAACUGAGAGAGAGAGUAGAGAGAGAGACAGCGAGAUGUCAUGUGCAGUCGUGUCCCAACUGUAAAGCCGGAGGUAUCUGAGUUCUCUCACGCUCUCCCUCUAAUUAAUGUCAGUAUUCUCUGAUCGAGCGAAGAUGGUGUCUUCGCUCCAGAUUAUGUGGAUGUUCAAGGAUGGGGUGAUUCUGUUCUGUACACCGUUCCUGCUCCUACCGCUGCCUCUACUGAUCGGAACCACGGAGGCAAGAUGUGCCUAUGUGAUUGCUCUGAUGGCAGUGUACUGGUGUACUGAGGUAUUGCCACUAGCGGUGACUGCUCUCCUGCCCGCUGUCCUUUUCCCUCUGUUUGGCAUCAUGGAGUCCAAGCAGGUGUGUAUGCAGUACCUGAAGGACACCAACAUGCUGUUUGUAGGCGGUCUGAUGAUGGCUGUUGCCGUGGAGACAUGGAACCUUCACAAGCGCAUCGCCCUCAGGGUUCUACUUGUUGUGGGGGUGCGUCCUGCCCUUCUGAUGCUAGGGUUCAUGGGUGUGACAGCGUUCCUGUCCAUGUGGAUCAGUAACACAGCCACCACAGCUAUGAUGGUCCCCAUUGUCCAGGCUGUCCUGGAGCAGCUCAACAGCCCACAGAAUGGGAAGAACCCCUUGCCCAUCCCCCAGAGCCAGGAGAAUGGUAUGACUCCUGAGGAAAAACUGGAGAACAGUUCAAACCCACAGGACAAACUUAUCAUCCAGGACAAUCACAUUCCACUGGAGAAACCAGCCACAGAGGAUAAACUGGACUCCCCAGACAAACCAGUUAACCAGGACACCUCUCUGACUGAUGGGAAGCCAGUGGUAGUGUCCAUGGUCUUGAAGGAGGGGACUGAAGCAGAGCAGGUUGGGGAGGAAGAGGAGGAGAAGGAGAGGAUGAAAAUGUGUAAAGGCUUGACGUUGUGUGUGUGUUACGCUGCCAGCAUCGGAGGCACUGCCACUCUCACUGGUACCGGACCCAACCUCGUCCUCACAGGGCAGAUGAGCCAACUCUUCCCUCAGAACGGUGACGUGGUUAACUUUGCCUCGUGGUUCGCCUUUGCCUUCCCCACAAUGCUGCUAAUGCUGACGCUGGCCUGGCUCUGGCUCCAGCUCGUCUUCAUCGGCUUCGAUCUGAAGCGUACGUGGGGCUGUGGUGCUGUGCAGUCAGAGAAAGAACAUGCAGCGUAUGAUUUGAUCCGUGAGGAGCAUCGUCUUCUGGGGCCAGUGUCCUAUGGAGAGUGGAGUGUCCUGGGGCUCUUCAUUCUGCUGGUGGUGCUGUGGUUCACACGAAGCCCAGGCUUCAUCAACGGAUGGGCAACCCACAUCUUCAACACAAAGGCAGAGUUUGUGACUGAUGCAACAGUGGCAGUGUUUGUUGCCGUGCUGUUGUUCGUCUUGCCCUCUGAGCCCCCCCGCUACCUCUGCUUCUGGAGAACACAGAGCUUUGACACAGAGCCCCCCCGCGGCCCCACCCCUGCCCUGCUGACCUGGCAGGUGACCCAGAUGAAGAUGCCCUGGAGCAUUGUACUGCUGCUAGGAGGAGGCUUCGCUCUGGCUAAGGGCAGCGAGGUGUCUGGUCUGUCGCGGUGGCUGGGUGAUCAGAUGAUACCUCUCUGCUCCAUCCCUCCCUGGGCCAUCGCAGUCAUCCUCUGUCUCCUCACCGCCAUCUUCACUGAGUGUGCCAGCAACGUGGCUACCGCUACACUCUUCCUGCCCAUCCUAGCCUCCAUGUCCCAGUCCAUAGGAGUGAACCCACUGUAUGUGAUGGUACCCUGUACCCUCAGUGCCUCCUUUGCCUUCAUGCUGCCUGUCGCCACGCCUCCUAACGCCAUCGUGUUCUCUUAUGGAUACCUGAAGGUGUCGGAUAUGGUUAAGACAGGUAUAGUGAUGAACAUCCUUGGGAUCCUGUGUAUCACUCUGGCCAUUAACAGCUGGGGUAGAGCCAUUUUCAACCUGGACACCUUCCCCUCCUGGGCCAACUCCACCGCUAACAUCACUACAGGAGGAUGAGGUGGGGGACAUGACAGCAUCAUAUGCCCCUGUACUGCAUUACCACUGCUACCGAUGCCAAAAAGGGGAUGAGGGAGGAGGAGGAACGGGGAGUAUUAUCAAGAGACCACUGACAACCCUCACUGGGGCAACAUGGGAACACUGGUUUACUGGUUUAUUAUCAGUGUAUUAUAUACUUAUUUUGUACAGAUAAUAUUAUUAUACUAUAUAGUAAUGAGGGAGCCUUAGAGAACUCGGAUGAUAAAUAACUUGUAAAAGCCAAGACACGCUGUAAUACUGUAACUUAUAUUUGUAUUAAUGGCAAUAUUGUGAUAUCAAUUGAUAUUAAAUAAAUAUAUUAUAUUACAUAAAAUUACAGUGCCUUUGGAAAGUAUUCAGAACCCUUGACUUUUUCC